AUGCCGGGCCUAAGCUGUAGGUUCUAUCAGCAUAAGUUUCCAGAGGUGGAAGAUGUAGUGAUGGUCAACGUUCGGUCCAUUGCUGAAAUGGGAGCCUAUGUCAGCCUGCUGGAGUACAACAACAUUGAAGGCAUGAUCCUUCUCAGUGAGCUAUCCAGAAGACGUAUUCGUUCCAUAAACAAACUCAUCCGCAUCGGGAGGAAUGAAUGCGUUGUGGUCAUAAGAGUUGACAAAGAGAAAGGUUAUAUUGACUUGUCAAAAAGAAGAGUUUCUCCAGAGGAGGCAAUCAAAUGUGAAGACAAAUUCACAAAAUCAAAGACUGUUUACAGCAUCCUUCGUCAUGUUGCUGAAGUCUUGGAGUACACUAAGGAUGAGCAGCUUGAGAGUCUGUUCCAGAGAACUGCCUGGGUAUUUGAUGACAAGUACAAAAGACCAGGAUAUGGUGCUUAUGAUGCAUUCAAGCACGCAGUCUCGGACCCUGCAAUCCUGGAUAGCCUGGAUCUGACAGAGGAAGAGAGACGUGUAUUGAUUGACAAUAUUAACAGACGUCUGACACCACAAGCAGUCAAAAUCCGAGCUGAUAUUGAGGUGGCCUGUUAUGGUUAUGAAGGCAUAGAUGCAGUAAAAGAAGCUUUGAGAGCAGGCUUGAACUGUUCCACGGAGAACAUGCCCAUUAAAAUUAAUCUGAUAGCUCCUCCUCGUUAUGUGAUGACUACUACGACACUGGAGAGAACUGAAGGACUGUCUGUUCUAAAUCAAGCCAUGGCUGUAAUUAAAGAAAAAAUUGAGGAGAAGAGAGGAGUCUUUAAUGUGCAGAUGGAGCCUAAGGUGGUUACUGACACAGAUGAGACUGAGCUUGCAAGGCAGUUGGAAAGACUGGAGAGGGAAAAUGCUGAAGUGGAUGGGGAUGAUGAUGCCGAGGAAAUGGAAGCCAAAACUGAAGACUAAAUAUUCUGGGAUAUUUAGAAGAGACAGACCGUAUGAAAAAUUAGAGACCCCACUGCAAACACUCUGGGCUAAAUGUUUUCAGUAUUGAAAACUUCAAAUGCAAAUACUUGAAGUGUUUUACUGUUUUCAAAAGACCAAUAUGUGAAAGGCUCUUCUACAUAACAUUUGGUGCAGCAGCUUACACAAAUUGAAUCCUUUGAAGGGGAGGUGCCUAGUCAAAUUCAAGACACAGAUCUGGCCAGAGGGAGGUUGCAGCUCCAUGCUUAACAUUCUCAUACAUAACAAUUCCUGAUUGGUAAUUACAGCUCAGUGCUUCUGUUAAUGAUCUUUCCUGGGAGCACCAAAACCAAGCAGGCUGAGCAGUUCUAUACAGAAUGUAUUUGAGCAAAUAUUCAAUAAAUUUCUGGGCUAUGUAAUUCCAA